AGAGACCUCUCAUGUCCCCCAUCGAACUCUCUUAUAACUCUCUUUCUUUGCCCCUUGUGAGUAGUGGUUGUGUUCGAAAGUCCAAAACCCACUUUACCCAUCUCCCUCUCUUCAAACCUCUCUUUGUAAAUCCAACCCUGAAGCCCCGACUGCCAGAGGAGAGGCCCCCCACUCCCUUCCCUUCUCACACCUUUUGUUGGGCACCAUUUCCUAGUGGGCUCGUGUGUGUGUGACUGGUUUGUGUGCGUGUGCUUUAGGAAUAGUGUUAAAAAAAGGGGUUCCUUUCUGGGUCUCUCUCUCUCUGUCUGUAGGAGUAACUAGCCAUGGCUGCAGGAAGUGGGUCUCCUUGUGGUGCCUGCAAGUUUCUCAGGAGAAAAUGUGCUUCUGAUUGCAUCUUUGCUCCUUAUUUCUGCUCGGAGCAAGGCCCUGCUCGGUUUGCUGCCAUUCACAAGGUGUUUGGUGCCAGUAAUGUCUCCAAGCUCUUAUUACAUGUUCCUCUCCCCGAUCGAUGUGAGGCUGUCUUCACAAUCGCCUAUGAAGCUCAGGCUAGGAUCCGUGAUCCUGUCUAUGGCUGUGUUGCUCAUAUCUUUGCACUUCAGCAACAGGUGGCAUACUUGCAAGCCCAAUUGAUUCAAGUGAAGGCUCAGCUGGCUCACAACCUUGCAGCUGCUGGUUCAAAGUCCUUAGAGAAUCAUUGGCCUUCUAGGACUGCAGGGCCUGUCUUUGGUGGUGGAGGAGAUUGGUCUCCCCAGGUUACUUAUCCGGCAUACGUGCAUUCCCUAACACCUCACAACUCCCUGGAAUUUCUGGAACAGAGUAGUGAUGGAAUGAUGAUGCAGAUGCAGGACAUGCUGGACAGAGAUGAUCUAUCCUUCCAACCUUGUGCUAAGAAAAGAUUGUCUACCAAUGACUUGGGUGAGCUUCAAGCUCUGGCUCUUAGGAUGAUGAGGAACUGAAUUGAUCCUCCCCUCCUCUUUCUCUCUCAAUGUGAUUAGGAUGAUGAAUGAAGAUAGAUUUCUGUUGGGGAUAAUGUUGAUCUCUAUGCCUGUAAAUACAAAAGAGAAUCUGGAAAGAAAACAGACCAUAAUGUGAUAAAAAGCCUUUUUGGGUGUCUGCUUUUCUUUGGAAGUAAAUAUGAUAUCAAUGCCAAUUAGCAGUAGUAAAAUAGUACUAUUUUGCCUCUC